CUAGGCAGGUCGCCUCCAUGAUGCCGGAAGAAUACGCCCUCUUGACAGAUCGCUACUACAGACCGGGCUAUGGUCAGCGCUGUAUGUUGUGAUUGAACUACAAGCCACGGGACACGGGACAAACAGACAGAUAGAACGACUUCGCUAUCCGUCUGAGGGCGCCGUUGAGGCUUCGUAUCGCCUGGCGAGCAGCGGCCUUCCGCGAAUGGGUAGAUUACCAUCCGAUGCCAGCGUGUCAAAUGGGCCAUGGGAGAUGCGAGCGAUGCGAGAUGCGGGUUGCAGACGGGAGAUGGGAGGCCACUGACGCGAGGUGAGGUGAUGACGUCGACUCGCACUAGCUCCCACUCGUGCUCGUUGCUACUGAUUCUGGGGUCGUCCUCGCCAUUGAGCGGAUCCCUGGGGCCCAGCGAUGCGCCCGGUUCUCGGUGCCUUCUCCGGAUACCUCGCGAAGCCCGCUGCCUCAAGAUUCAGGAAGACGGCGCUCCGGUGGGACAUGCGAAGGUGGGACGGGUGACGCAAGAACGCACGAUCUGCGCGCUGGGGAGUACGCCUGACGUUCGGGGAGGCAUGCAGCCCACAGACCCGUCCGUUAAGCUCAUCGCGCACGAUACUUUCCGCGCCGCGUGGUAUUUCACGAACCUCGACCAGGCUCGGUCGCCUCCAAAUGUGUCUGUCUUCUCGUGGUCUUUUCGUGGUACAUCCGGUAUCCCGCCUACUCGGCGUCGCGCGACCCUGCAUUGCGGUAGAACCUCAGACGCGGUUCUAUUUUCUCUCCUGAGUGUAUUUAUGAUCAGUUCUAGCAUUUGGUGUCGUGAAAUGGGUCCCACGAACAGAAACGACUGCAUGAAACACAUGCUGGAUCGGACUCGGCCGCCAAAUUCUUCAUUCCGCUAUUCCUUCUUUACGCGUGUUCCGCUCCCUGAUCUAUAAUUGCUUCCGCACUGAAGGUCUUUAUCAUGUACUAGCACGUCACCGUAUGUUCUGGCACCAACUCCGCGAGCCGCUGUUUAAUUUCACCUGAUUAGCACUUUGCUUGACGGCACGACAAAUAAU